CUGUUGCUACUCAUCCCUAUGAUCAGAUGAAGAAAAAAAUGCAAGACUCAAUCACAGCCGUAGAUUUGCCCGGCCAUUUGCCUCUCCAAUUCGUCAAGUCGGAUCCAAUCCCACCGGCCCCGACCCCAUCCCAGUUUGCCGUCGAUUGGCUGCCGGACUUUGCCGGACUCUCAUGGGUCGCCUACGGAGCCUCCACGUUGCUCGUGAUCUCCCACUUUCCCUCUCCUCUCUCCUCAGAGGAAGCCCUAAUCGGCCCAAUUUUCCGGCAGGUAGUGGAGAUCGCAGCCGACGAGUCCGCCGCCGUUUCGGUGGUUGGUUGGUCGCCGGCUACGCCCUCGGUCGGUGAGCUGGCGGCGGCGUCGGGGAACUGCGUCUGCGUGUUUUCGCAUGAUUCGGAGAGGGCGGAAGGUUCUUUUUGUUGGAGCCAGACUGCAGUGCUUGUACACUCUACCAAGGUGGAGGCUAUCAAGUGGACUGGUUCUGGAGAUGGGAUAAUUGCCGGUGGAACAGAGGUGGUCCUCUGGAAAAACAAGAGCAGGUCCUGGGAAAUAGCUUGGAAGUUUAAAUCAGAACACCCUCAAACCCUUGUUUCUGCAACCUGGUCCAUUGAAGGACCGUUGGCUUCUGCAGCUUAUCAUAGUAAACUUCAUAUAGGAGGAUGGUUUUCUCCAUUCAAUGAGGCUAGCAAAUGUGUGUUAGUAUGUUACAAUGAUGGAAAUUCUGAAUAUGUGAAAACUGAGCUACGUCAUCCUCAGCCUGUCUCAAUGAUUCAGUGGAGGCCAUCGACAAGACAACAACAAUCAAAGGGAGAUGCAAAAUAUCCAAUGAGGCACGUGCUGCUAACAUGCUGCUUGGAUGGAACUGUAAGGUUGUGGAGUGAGAUUGAUAAUGGGAGGGUCAGAAAGAUUGGCACCGAAACCAAUGAUCAGAAGACUGUGAGACGAUCAUUUCGUGUUGCUGCUGUGAUUGAGAUAAAUCAGACCUUGAACGGAACUUUGGGAACAAAUGUAUUUGUGACAUGGGCAACAGAAAUUGCAGGUAUAAUUAAGACAGGUGAAGGAGCUAAUCAAAUUUUCUCUACAAAACAUCAUGAGCAUGAAAAGGCUGGAAAGUGUGAGUGGUUAAUUGGGUUUGGUCCAGGGAUGUUCCUUACUUUUUGGGCCAUCCACUGCCUUGAUGACUUCUCACCUGUGAGAUUCCCUCGAGUGACUUUAUGGAAGAGACAGGAGGUCCAGGGUGCUGAAAUAGGAAAUUUUCAUAAUACUGGUAAUUCAAAUUCUGAAGACCAAUCUGUUCUUAAUAAAGUUGUUAUUAUGAGGAAUCUGUUAUUUGGUCCACCAAUCGCGUGCUCUUUGAUUCAGUUAUUACCUUGUAAUUCUUUAUGCUGGUCGUUUUUAUAUACUCAAGCAUUUAAUGGUAAGCAGGAUGGAUCUAUAAAUAAAUUCACAAGAGAGAACAUUUUAUCAUGUUGUUCUGGGGCUACCUUAAAUAUAGAUGGACAUAGUGGAAAGAUUUUACAAGUUGCAGUGCAUCCUUAUAGCUGUAAAGUUGAACUUGCUGCUUCUUUGGAUUCUAAUGGAUUGCUUCUACUUUGGUCACUUUCUACCAUUUCCAACUGUAUUUUGGGUCUGUCUACAUUGAAUCCUACAUGGAAACUUUGUGGAAAAUUUGCAACUCAAGAUUCUGGCUCCAAAUAUACGAGCUUGCAUUGGGCACCUUCAGUAUUGGAUGAAGACUGCAUCCUUCUUAUGGGACAUGCUGGGGGAAUUGAUCUCUUUAUAGUUAAGGUUUCUCAAAGUGAAGAGGAAAAAGUUAUAUGUUACAAGUUGUGCACUAUACCUUUCACUAAACAUGGCCCUUGUCAGGAUGGUCCUGCAAAUGUAUUCUCAAUUCCUCUGCUUUCUGCUUGUAAUAAAACAUUUAGUUCAAAUAAGUUUAUGUUUUUAGCAGUAUGGAUGAAACCUUUUCAGGCCCUAUCAUGGGCAAUCACUUUGCAUUCCUGUGAUUUAUCAGGAAGCUGCUUUGGAUGCAGUUCUGACUUUGGAAAUACUGCUGAAAAUGAGGAGAUGAGGUUUGAGAAUAUUUUUUCUGGUAAAAAAUAUUCUGUUCUUGUAAAUCCUUGCUCAUCCCAAUUUCCAGAUCCUCAUAUCCAUGAUCAGGUUACGAGUUAUGCUGUGGUUUGUCCAGCUAAUUCAAUUCCUUCAUUACAACAAGGUCAGGUUUCUUCUAAUGAUUUGCACAUUGACAUUCCUGCAUAUCACAUGGCCACAGGCUGCUCUGAUGGUACUUUGAAACUAUGGAGAAGCAACUCUUCUAGAUUAUCAAACCCUCAUUUUCUAUGGGAGCUUGUGGGUAUGUUUGUGGCACAUCAAGGACCCGUCAGUGCAAUAUCUUUGACUGAUUGUCGUCAGAAGAUUGCAACCAUCUGCAUGGCUGGUCAUUUAAGUACUGCCAGCACUCUUCGUAUAUGGGAGUCUGUACACCUUACAGGUGCAGGAAGUUUUGUAUUAGAAGAUACCAUUUCUGUCGAUGGAGAUGUUGUUGCUCUAAGUUGGUUAGCAUUAGGAAAUGGUCAGUUACUGCUUGGAGUUUGCAUGCAAAAUGAGUUGCAGGUGUACGCCCAGAGGCGUUGUGGUGGUCAGACUUUGUUAAGCUCUGGAAAAUCUCUGGAAUUGCAUAUUUGGUUUUGUAUGGCAUCUGCUCGUACUUUCCCUUCUAUUCAUGACUUCCUUUGGGGGCCCAAGGCCACAGCUGUGGUCAUUCACAGUAACUAUUUUUGUCUGUUUGGUCAGUGGUUAUUAAGUGUGGAUAGGAAAGAUCAGUCUAAUUGCCACCCAGAAUGUACCAAGGGCAGUCCUGAUUUCAAAUUUGAAGCAGACAAAGAUGUUCUUUCUAUAAUUUCCACCGACUCUGGCAUUCUUGAUUUCAAAGCAUUAUCAAUGGAAGAUAGUACUGAAGAAUGCAAAUCCAAGCUGCCUAUUAACAUAAAUAUGACUGGCCAUCUAUCCAGCAGUUUGUUUGCAGCAAGGACUCGAAUGAAAUAUGGUUCUGGUGCCAAGCUCGGUUUCUGGAGUAUACUAGAAGUUGCAGAGAAAUUAUGUGGAUCUUUGCCUGUUUAUCAUCCUGAGGCGCUCCUGAUGAAUAUAUAUUCAGGCAAUUGGAAACGUGCUUAUAUAGCUUUGCAGCAUCUUGUUGAGUGUCUUACUUCUACUCAUGCUCCUGAGAGAAGACAUUCCACUGCAAAGUCUAGCCACAUCAUCCCACAGAUUCACUUGUCAAAUUAUUUUGAAGGACAUCUCUCAAAAGCUUCAACUGACAAAGGAUUUCAAUGGAGUAGAGAGGACACUUUAGUCACAUCGUCUGCACAGUUUCAGAGAGGUCCAAUCCAGUUUUCAUACAAUUCAGAGUCUGAUGCUCCCAGGAAUAUGUUCUCUUCAUCUUCUACAAAAUCUGAACUCAGCAGGUUUGUUGAACCACUUGAGAAGUUCUAUGAAUUAGCAGCCAUAACCAGCUCAGAGAAGAUGCAAAUUCUUGCGAUUAUUGAUCUUCUUAAUGAAGUCAAUAAUCCCCACGCUGCUUCUGCCUAUGGGAGUCUUGAUGAACCUGGCCAAAGAUUCUGGGUUGCAGUAAGAUUUCAGCAACUUUGUUUUGCCCGAAGAUUUGGUCGACUGGCAUCCACGGAUGAGUUGGUUGUUGACUCUGGUCUGAUUGCAUGGGCCUUUCACUCUGAUUGUCAAGAAAAUUUAUUUGGUUCCAUCCUACCUAAUGAUCCAUCUUGGCAAGAAAUGCGGACUCUGGGUGUUGGGUUUUGGUUUACUAAUGCACAAUCAUUGCGUACAAGGAUGGAGAAACUGGCAAGACUACAGUAUUUGAAGAACAAAGAUCCUAAAGAUUGUUCACUUCUAUAUAUAGCAUUGAAUAGACUUAAAGUUUUGACUGGUCUCUUUAAGAUUAGCAAGGAUGAGAAGGACAAGCCCUUGGUGGGAUUUCUUUCACGCAAUUUUCAGGAGGAGAAAAAUAAGGCAGCUGCUCUGAAAAAUGCUUAUGUCUUAAUGGGGAGACAUCAGCUGGAGCUUGCUAUUGCUUUCUUUCUGCUUGGAGGUGAUACUUCUUCUGCAAUCACUGUUUGUACAAAAAACCUUGGGGAUGAACAGCUUGCUCUUGUAAUUUGUCGGCUUGUUGAGGGGCAUGGUGGACCAUUGGAGCGUCAUCUAAUAUCAAAGUUUAUACUUCCCUCCGCAAUUGAGAAAGGCGACUACUGGCUUGCAAGCAUCAUGGAGUGGGAACUAGGGAAUUAUUUCCAAUCCUUUCUGAUAAUGCUUGGCUACCAAAUGGAUUCUGUGAUCAACAAGCCUGCUCUUUCAUCCAAUCAUGCUGCAUUUUUAGAUCCAAGUAUUGGACGGUAUUGCUUAACACUAGCAACCAAAAAUAGUAUGAGGAAUGCUGUAGGGGAGCAGAAUGCUGCAAUUCUGGGUAGAUGGGGAACUUUAAUGAUGGCUACUGCUUUGAGAAGAUCCGGCCUUCCUCUUGAAGCCUUGGAGCUCCUCUCAUCUUCUCUGAGCAAUCUUGGGGCUGCAGAUCAAAGAAGCGUAUCAAAUGUUGGAAAAUCUGAAAUUCUACAUGGAAUAUUAUAUCCAUCACCAAGUGAUUCCUCUAACUGGCUGUCAGGUGAUGCGGCUUUUUAUUUGGAGUCCCUUGCUAGAUUAGAUUUGGCAAUGCAGUACUUGUCAAAAUUGAUGAGGGAGCAUCCAAGCUGUCCAGAAAAAGUAGCAUCUGGUGGUUGUAGAGAGUAUGAGAGUCAUCAGUAUGAGAUAUCACUUGAAAAAUUUCAGCAUAAGUUAUAUGGAGGGCUUGAAACAUUUGAGCAGAAGUUUUCUCUGAGUGGCGAUUCUCUGAUUAACAAGGUUUUAGUUGCAUUAUCCAAUAACAGUCUAUUGUUUAUUGGAUAUGAUGUAUUACACAGAUAUAAAUCUCAGGAUCAUUCACAAGAUAGAAUUGAUACGGUUCACAGUUCUCUUUUAUAUUCUAUUCUGCCCAAGCAACUUUUGAAGGCUACUGAAGAAUUCUCUCAUUUAUUUUCACGAUUUAUUGUUGCCUGCAGUAUAACCUGCUCUCAACAAAAAUCUUUUUCCACAGAGAAUGAUAUGUCUGGUGCAACUAUGUGUGGCUGUAUUGAUGCUGGGUGCUAUCACCUGCAAGAUCUCAUGUUGUCAUUGUGGAGUUUAAGAGCCAUUCUGAAGAUAUUUUCUGUCUCCUGUACUGAUGAUGUCAUCAAGAAACCAAUUAUCCUUCUUGAUUUGAUUGAAUAUUGCCUAUAUUUUGUAUGUGCAUGGUUUCAAAGAAAUUUGAAUGGUCUCAUUCUGAUGGCAAGACCUCUCUUGAUCACAUAUACUGAUGGGCAUGCUUCAUGCGAUAUUGACAUGGAAAAUCUGAAGAAGGCCCUUCACCAGAUUUCAGAGUCAGUAGAUCUCAAUUCAUUGAUUGAUGAUGUAGGAGUCUGCCAGCAGGUUGCUAAAUGGAUGCAAGAUGCACAAAGUGGAGAUAUACUGCCUUCCAUGCCAGAAGAUGAAAGAAAGAAAAUUCUAGGGGUGUGCAUCUGGCACCACAUAUCAAGUUCCAUGAUACAUCUGCUUAAUUCCCUGGGUGACACUUCUUCCUGGGCAUCAAGUUCUACAUGUUGUGAACCUGAUGGCAACUCUUUAAUGGAAAAGAUCAAAUUGGUCCCCCUGAUCUUUAUGAAGUUCCUAAAAACCACAGUCACAUAUAUUUCUUCUUAUCAUGCAAAACAACUUGCAUCGUUUCUGUUGCAGAAAAUUGAGGAUGGGCUACAUGUACCAACUCUUGAAUGGUUAGAAAAAUCUAGUCAAUCUCAACCCAGAUCCAUCCAGAAGAAUCUGAAUCAGGGUAUCAAUUUGAACAUAAUGAACAUUGAAGAUAAGUCAUCAGCUUCUGAAGUAAUACGGGAUAUCUUUGCUGAUCCUAAAAUUAUAUCUGAAAGUUUUGUGCAAGAAAAAAUAAAUUGGUCACAGUAUGUGAAUGGUAAGCCCUUCAAAGGAUGGGGUGACAUAUACAAAGGCAUCAUGAGGGAGCAUGAAAGUGCAGAAACUUCUGAUCAAGAUGGUAGGCAUAUGAGUAAUUCUGCAAGUAGUGGAACUGGAUCACCUGUUAGAAGUCUGUUUCGAAGUACCCAUACUUUUCUUGGUUCUGGGCAGAAAGAUACAAUCUUUGCAAAGGAUGAUAUUCCUUUCCAAAACCCUAAAGAAAUUUUUAAGAGAAAUGGAGAACUAUUGGAGGCAUUGCGCAUCAACUCCGUUCAUCAGGGUCAAGCUGUCCUUGCUGGCCACAAGAAGGGAAUAAUUUUCUUUAAUUGGGAAGAUGAGCUGCCUUUCAGGGAUCAAUCAGAAUAUAUUUGGUCAGAGGCUGAUUGGCCACAGAAUGGGUGGGCUGGGUCUGAAUCAACCCCAGUUCCAACACCUGUUUCUCCAGGUGUUGGUCUUGGGAGCAAGAAGGGGGCACACCUUGGGCUGGGUGGAGCAACCAUUGGUGUUGGUUCUUUGGCCAGACCAGGGAGAGACUUAACAGGUGGCGGUGCAUUUGGAAUUCCUGGUUAUGCCGGUAUGGGUGCAUCUGGCUUAGGCUGGGAGACUCAAGACGAUUUUGAAGAGUUUGUUGAUCCACCAGCCACUGUUGAAAAUAUUAGUACAAGGGCUUUAUCAAGUCACCCCUCUAGGCCUUUCUUCUUAGCUGGCUCUAGCAACACACACAUCUACUUAUGGGAGUUUGGCAAGGACAAAGCUACUGCAACUUAUGGUGUGCUUCCAGCUGCGAAUGUCCCUCCACCUUAUGCUCUUGCAUCGAUAUCAGCUGUGCAGUUUGAUCACUGUGGACAUAGAUUCGCUACUGCUGCAUUAGAUGGAACUGUAUGCACUUGGCAGCUUGAGGUGGGAGGAAGGAGCAACAUCCGUCCAACAGAAUCAUCUCUUUGCUUUAAUGGCCAUGCAUCGGAUGUCACUUAUGUUACUUCAAGUGGAUCCAUCAUUGCUGCAUCUGGAUAUGGCUCCAAUGGUGUUAAUGUGAUUAUAUGGGACACAUUGGCUCCACCCUCAACCUCUCGAGCUUCCAUUAUGUGCCAUGAAGGCGGUGCCCGCUCCCUUUGUGUGUUCAACAAUGUCAUUGGAAGUGGUUCUAUUUCUCCCCUUAUUGUGACUGGUGGAAAAGGUGGUGACGUUGGACUUCAUGACUUCCGCUACAUAGCAACCGGAAGGACUAAACGGCAUAGGCAUGCUGAUAAGGGUGAACAAAGCAUUAACUCAUCUUUGAUGGCUAACUCCCAGACAGGGUUGCCUAGUAAAAUUGGGGACCAAAAUUUAAAUGGGAUGCUUUGGUAUAUACCAAAGGCUCACUUAGGGAGUGUUACCAAAAUAUCUACCAUCCCAAAUACCAGUUUGUUCUUAACGGGAAGCAAAGAUGGAGAUGUUAAACUUUGGGAUGCUAAUAGAGCCAAGUUAGUUUUUCAUUGGCCGAAAUUGCAUGAAAGACACACCUUUCUGCAGCCAAACACACGUGGCUUUGGUGGAGUUGUUAGGGCUGCUGUUACAGAUAUACAAGUUGUUUCUCAUGGUUUUCUGACAUGCGGUGGCGAUGGCUCUGUAAAACUGAUUGAGCUCAGGGAUUCUAUGCAGAGUACAUGAAAAAGUUGAUCUCCGGUUCCAUCUGAGCUCACUUGAAACCUUUCCAGAGAGUGAACAGUGCAGAAGCUUUGAAUCUGAGAAACAGAUUAGCAGCUCAAGGUUGGUGCCAUUUUCCACACUCCUCCAUCUACUACGGUCAUCGACCUAAUUUGGUUCGGUCAACAGUGUAGGCUUCUUGCUUUCCUGGCCACUCCUUUUGAAACUGUUCACCAUCAUAGCCUUCAAAAAAAAAACCCUAAAUUCUUGCAAACUAUUACAAGGAAGCAAAAGAGAAUUAUAAACCCUCUUCUUCAGUAAUCCAUUCCACCCUUUCCUCAGCUAAAGGUUUCUACCAGUAACAAAGCACCCACCAAAGGUCACUUGUUUGGCCACUCAUCAAACUUUAAUCCCCAAAUGAGACAUUGCCAAUUUUUUUCAAGAAAAGGAAAAACAGUCCAUUACCCAACCCUUUUUUCAUCCUUUUUCAUGUCCUCUACUCUUCAAGGCCAUCAAUUCCUGUGAAAAAUUGGGACCAUUUUUGUUUAAUGUUGUCAAACUAUAGGACUUCUACAUUACAUUGGCCUGCAUGUAUAUCAAAAACAAACAGACCCCUUUUAGUCUUUAACUGCUUCCAAUCUUAUUCAUUUGUUCAGUUGAUGUAGACUUGUAAACAUUCCCCUUAAAAGCAGUUGUAUACAGACAAAGAACAGAUGAGUGCUGUCAUUUUUAUUUACUUGAGCUGUUAUAGCUGAAAUAUAUUGUAAGAUUUCCUCUUCUUAAA